GGGAAAACUGAUGACAAAGAGUUUUCAGUACCCUGGCAUCUCUUUGUAGUGACUGUUGGGAUCCUCUGUUUACUUCUUUUGGUGACAGUCAGAGUGUCGGGAACAAUGAUUUUUCGGUGUAUUCGAGAAAAACAACAGGAGGAAAGUAGACAAAACCUCAGUCAAAAGUACAACGUUAUACAAAAGGACAACUACUUAAAGGAGCAACUUUUGACAAAUAAGACUUUAGAAUAUGGCAUUCUCAAAAAUGAAACUCUUCAACAGAAGAAGGAAAUAGCUUCACUCUUUAAAGAAAAGAUGAGAUGUCAUCGAAAACAGGGGAUCUUUCCAAAGUCUUUGCAAAAUACAG